AUGUCAGAGAGAAAGGUCAUAAACAAGUACUAUCCGCCGAAUUAUAACCCGCUUGAGGCGGAAGAGGCGGCCCGUAAACUAUCAAAGAAGCUAAAAACCAUGAACAAAGACUCGGUAACUAUUCGGCUCAUGACGCCAUUCAGCAUGCGAUGCUUGAAGUGUUCCGAAUUCAUUCCUAAGAGUAGGAAGUUCAAUGGAAAGAAAGAGUUGCUGGCAGAACGAUAUUUGGAAACGAUCAAACAAUACCGGCUUAGUAUCAAAUGCCCUAGAUGCAACAAUAUGAUCUCGUUUCGUACCGAUCCAAAGAGUGGUGACUAUGUCAUGGAGGUUGGUGGUGUCAAAAAUUUCGUAACCGAGAGCACAAAGUUCGAAUCCGGUAAGAAUGAGACGUUAGACGAGACACUUCAACGACUAGAAAGGCAGCAGCAGCAGGAGAAUGAUGAGGUUAAAAAAGACCCACGAGAAGACAAGCUUGAACAAAUCGAAAAGCGUCUAGCCAAGAUGCAGCAAGAGCAAGAAGACUACGAGAAUCUCGAGUCACUGCGAAGAGGAAAUAUAGCUAAAAUGAAACGAGCCGCGGCACUUCGGGAAAAUCUGCGUCUUGCGGACGAGGAAAAAAACACUGGCGAUGCAAAAAGGGCUGAAGAGGCCUUUCAGAAGUAUCGAGACGCCUCGGCCGUGGGAUUCAACGUCCUAGAACCAUCUCAACCGGAAGCGUCAGCCCCUCUCGCGGCAACUACCAUACCUCAGAAGAUAAGAAUGAAAAAGAAAACGAAAUCGAACUCUUUGGGAAUUGUGCGAAAGAACAAGAGCUAG